AUGGGUUUCGCUUCGAAAUCUCGGCUACGAUCCUGGUUUUUGCUGUCUGUCGUACUCGCAGCUCUGUCGGUGCUUGUUCUGCAGUGGACGGGUGUCGUCGGCGAAAUCAUCGAUACGGUGCUCCCGAAGACGUCGGAUCCGGAUGAAUUCAAAGACAUCGAGGAGCUGAUAGUGAGCCGAGGUUUCAAUUUUUCACGGCAUCAUGUUUCUAUAUCCGAUGGCUUCCGGAUAGAAAUACAUCGUAUGUGGCGUGAAGAAUCCAGGAACUCUUCCUUGUUACCAAUUGUUUUCGGAGCGCAUCUACUCGGGAUCUCGAACUCCUACGUCAUGGAUGCUGAUCGUAAUGCAUUUCCGUACGCGAACGCUGGCUUCGACGUCUGGCUUCUGAAUGAUCGAGGUUCUCGGUACUGCGAGGAAGAUCCGAAUCUCGAUCCUACACAGCAGGCCCGAAGAAGGCAUGAUUUCACUGUCGUCGACCUAGGUGCCAUUGAUUUGGCCGAACAGCUCGACUACAUCCUCCGCGAAACUGGUCAAAGAAAGGUGAAUUACGUCGGAGUAUCGCAAGGUGCAACGAAGCUUUUUGCUCUCUUGGCGAAGAAGCCGUCCUACAAUCGGAAGAUAGCGAAAGCGACGAGCCUUGGGGGCUAUCGCAGUGGCUGCUACAAUCAUCAAGCGAUGUUCCUCCCCUCCAUUCUGUCGCAAGCUUUCGGCGACUUCUUUUUCGAGAUGAUUUCGAAGACACACCUCCUCAAUCGGGAUAUUUCUUUCAUUUCGAGAAUCCCAAAACCGUGCGAGUUCACUUGCGUCAAUAUCCUGGGUUUCCAAUCAGACUACUAUCUCAACUUCUCCAGGUUUGGAGUUUACGGAAGAUUCUUCCCCGCCGGAACCUCCUUGAAAAACCUCUUAUGGAUGGCUCAGAGCUGGCGAUUCGGCUGUGACGGAAAUAUGAGAGAGUUUGACUACGAUCAUGGGCUCAUACCUCGCCUGCUGAUGAAACUCGGCUUGAGAUCCUCCAAAAACCUCGAAAAAUAUGGGACAACGGAGCCGCCUAUUCUCGACGCGAAGAACAUCGACAUCGAUCUAAAGAUGUACUACUCCGAUGGCGACAUUCUGGUGCCUUUAGAGGAAACCUUCAAAAUACAGAAAGAUCUCAAUGUGCCAGGCAAGAACCUUCACCGCAUCCCUGAUUGGCGCUUUUCGCACUUCAACUUCGUAAUCAGAAAAGGACCGCACGCGAUCGAUGAGCACGGAGAGGAGUUAAUAGUUAGUCGAGGCUAUAACUUCUCCCGGCACGAGCUUGUCAUGACCGACGGUUACCGCAUCGAAAUCCAUCGCAUGUGGCAAGAAAAAGCCAGGAACACUUCUUUGCUGCCCGUUGUGAUCGGAGCGCAUCUUUUCGGAACCUCGGCGAUCUACGUCUCGGACGAUCAUGUGAAUGCGUUUCCGUUCGCGAAAGCAGGCUUCGACGUAUGGCUCUUGAACGACCGGGGUACUCGAUUCGGCAACAAACAUUCGGAGAUCGACCCGGAGAAGUACUCCUACGAUCCUCAUGAUUUCACGGUCAUAGAGCACGGCGUGAUCGAUUUGGCUGAGCAGCUGGACUACAUCCUCUGGGAAACGGGUCAUGAAAAGGUCAAUUACGUCGGAGUUUCGCAAGGCGCGACUAAGCUAUUCGCAUUACUUUCGAAAAAGCCAUCAUAUAAUCGCAAAAUCGCUAAAGCUUUGAGCUAUGGAGGCUAUCGCAGUAUGUGUCACAACGCGCACACGAAGUUUUUCCUCCCGCUUCUACAUCAUUCGAUAUUUGGCGACUCCUUCCUGAAUGUAUUGCGUCCGGGCCAUAACCUCGAUAUGGAUUUUUCCUCAAUCACCAGAUACCCGAAAAUUAGCGAAUUCGUGUGCAUCCACUUUCUUGAUUGCCAGUCGAUGCAUUUCUUCAACACUUCUAGAUUCGGCGUUUACGGGAGAGCAAUCAAUGCCGGCACCUCGAGGAAGAACCUCAAAUGGAUGGUUCAGGGCCGGCGAUUCGGUUGCGAUUCAGAAAUGAUGGAGUAUGAUUACGAUUAUGGGCUUCUACCUCGUCUGUUGACGAAUCUCGGCUUGAGAAGAUCGAAGAACCUCGAGAAAUACGGAAGCCUGGAACCGCCCAGCCUCGAUUCAGAUAACAUCAAGAUCGAUCUCAAGAUCUACUACACUGAUGGUGAUGCCCUCGUACAGCCAGAGGAAACCUUCAAACUUCAAAAGGAUCUCAACGUACCAGACAAGAACCUUCACCGCAUCCCUGACUGGCGAUUCUCGCACUACAACUUCAUAAUGAGAAAACAACCGCAUGCAAUCGAUGUACACGGCCCCAAUUUCUUCAAAGGCAUUGAGUCAGAGUGGAAUCCGAUGAUGAGCGAGGACGUCUAG